CCUUUUUUCCUUUCCUAUUAUUGCUAUUGCUAUUGCUAUCGAUGUUGCUGUUGCUGUUGCUGCAUCUCUUUUCUAUUUAGACACAAUGGUCGCAAUCACUAGUUCUCUCUAACCUCUUACCUUCUGCCUCUUACCUCUUGCAGCUGCAUGCACUUACAGCCACACCCCCCUUUCGUUAUCUUGAAAUUUACUACAGGUUGCCAAAGCGUCUGGAUCUUCAAUUGGACUUGAUGCCGAUGCUCUAGCUUUCAACUCAGCUUAACAUGAUUCGUUCUUGGUGGCAAAAGCCAAUCCAGGGCUUGUCGAUAGGUGUAAGCUUUCAGGUCAGAAGGAGAAGAAAAUGAGGAAACACAAGUCCUUGUAGGUAUCCAGGUAUAGUACACGAAUCUAUAUUGUCGAGUUGUGGGAUACUAUGAAGGCGGUCAUUGUGCAGCCUCAAUAUUCAAGAAUUCAGAAAGAGCAGGUGCACCGUUCGAUCAUCGAUACCAGACCACAGCACAUACAAAGGAUGUACGAUCAGGAAAAAGCGAAGGUUCGAACUUUCACAUAAGGGAUAGGGAUAGGGACGGAAUCUCGUACAACAUGAUCAAUUUUGAGAGACAUUGUAUAGGUACGACACUGCUGUGUUAAUAUCGAGUAUCUCUUCAAACCCCUCGCAGCCGCCGACAAGUUCAUUGGAUUAUUCACUUCACAUAUAUGGGGAUUCGGAAGCAACAUCCGGUUCCCAAUCGACAUCUCGCGUUUGUUCAUUAAAGUAUCAUACAGUAUCAUUCGAAUUAGCGACCCCUUCUGUGCCGAGUUCAUGCAUGGUUUGAGGUGGAAUCGACAGAUUUGGAAAGAGGUAAAGAAAGAGAGGAGGCACUAGAGAAGGCACUAGAGAAUGGGAGAGGAGAAGGGGGAGAGUUUCUACUGUAGCAACUUGUUGGAAGUUAUACGCAUAUACAGUCUCACAGUGUACACAUAUACAGGAUUAUCUCCCAGGUACACACCAUGGUCUCCUUUACGUUUCAGUAGUUACCAGCAGCUCUCCCAAGAUUCAUUCACUGAAUUGGAUCAGGAUCGAAUACAAGGGGAAAGUCCCACAUACACACGCGCAUCGUUUAUUCUGUCAUAAGGAAUUCGAGGGAAACCAUUGGUUCUUCUUUUUUAAACCUUUUCUCAACUGAACAGUUCAAGGUAAAGUAUCAAAGGACCCAAGUAAGAAUCCAGCCAUUUGAUUUGCUCGGCUCCGGGUUCCGAGAGGGAAAAGAAAAGAAUCCACAUAUUUCCUUGGCUCGGGACGGACUUCACACAGACUCUGCACCGUCUUCACUGCCAUUUUUUUCAAUAGCUGCCCUCACAGACUCAUCCACCUAGUCCGCACGCUACGACCAUCCUAGGUAUUUUCGAUUUCUGCGAUUCGAUGAAAAUGACAACAAAUUAAACUUAAACUUUUUACCAAGUAUUGAUUGAUGGAUUGAUGGAUUGAUUGAUUGAUGGAUGAGAAAAGGAAUUGACAACGCUACUCCAGGAGACCUCAAUUCAUUCAUUCAUUCAUUCAUCCAUUCACCCAUUCACCCAUUCACUCCGAAACCCUUCGAUCAAAUCGUCAAUUGUCAAUCAACCAAGAUCGACCCAGUACCUUCCAUUCACUUGAUUCAAAUAUGUCAGCACUUCGAUUGUGAGGUUCCUCGAAGCUUUCCAUGUUCCCACCCACAUCUCCGAUUCGUCUCUAGGUAUACUCACUCGAGCACCAGCACCAGCACUGACACCACUGCCACUACCACUACCACUACCACCUCCACCUACCACCAAUACAAUACACCCUCUGUACAUGCGAUAACACCAUGAUUGAGAUUCCCCACGACGUCAACAAUUUCAAUUCCACCACUAUCGUCUGCCCACGCCACUAUUGUAUCGAUACCGAUUUGUUCUACUCCCCAUAUUUUAAUUGACGCGGAACUUCAUACCUUGGCGCAAAUCUAUUACUGAAGUCUAUCAAGGUUCUCGAAAAAAGGUACCGCCGCCAUACUUGGAGUGGUUGGCAACAGAUCAAGGACAAGGGCAAGACCCAUCCCUCGACACCAUGAUAUGGUACCUCCUCUAUCCAUUCAGAGGAACCACGGAACCUCCCGACCUCGACACCAAACAUCCCAUCCGAGAUCACUUCACUAAAUUCGGAUACAACGUCGCAAAGCACUCAGUCGCUGCCAUAACUAUCUCUGCUAUAAUCGCAACACUACUCAUAUAUCCCUUUCCAUUUCUCUUUACAAAUGGCUUCACCAAUGGCGCGUCAAAUCUACCACAUCAUGUAUGGUCUUCCGCGCAACCUUUGAAGGCAUUGGAUGAUUCGAGGAAACCGGAUGUGGUAAUGCGAUCGAUAUGGGUACAUGGAAGCUAUAUGAAAGCUUUACAAUCAGAUGUUCUCCAAGCAGCAUUAGAGAUACAGGAUCAUAUUUUAGGCCCCACUAUCAACUUUGACCCUCGCAAAGAGGCUAAGCAUGCCCAGGUUGACUAUACACAAAAUGAAUUAUCAGUGGAUGCACGGGAUGCCUUUCAUGCAGUAAACGGUCUAACAAACUCAUCUUGGUUCUUUCAUUCUCCAUUACAAUACUGGUCAUGCUCGAAGGAAGCGAUCUCAGCUGAUGACGACAUCGUGAUGACAGUCAACAAAAACUUGCACCAGUCAACCUCUGUCAAUGUCACCUUGAGACACUCUAUUGUUUUCAGUGGUAAGCGUUUUGAGGACCACCAUCUUGUAGCUGCAGAUGCCUUGGUCAUAACCUUGGUUCACAUGCUUGACUCGCCUGUCGGGAGAUAUUGGGAGAGAAGAGCAGCUCAACUGGCAGCCAAAGGAUCUGAUGACUGGCGCAUGAUUCCUUCCGAUGGUCACUCGUUAAGAAGCACUCCCUAUGAAUUCUUAUUUCAACCUACUGCUACUUGGGAAUCGAUUGCAUUGGCCGCCGCAUACACUUUUGGCGCAUGGUGGUUCGUCGCAACUUUAUGGGGCCUGCGGGCUCUCAAGUCAAGGCUUGGUCUUCUCAUUGCAGCAACUACUCAGUUGGCCUUUACGUUCACUUCGACGUUCACCAUCUGCGCUAUUAUCAAAACGGAUUUGUCUAUGAUACCCAGAGAAUACUAUCCUUUGAUUGUUGUCUUUUGCGGCACGGAAAACAUGCUUCAACUCGUGAGAGCUUUUAUUGUCACGCCUUCAUCACAUCAUCCGACUCUUAGAUCCGCAGAAGCCUUUGGAAAGAACGGACAUAUAUUCCUUACGAACACUGGCCAGAGGCUUCUCUUCUUGUGGGUUGUAUCCAAGUUUGGAGGCGAAGGGCAAGCUACUUUCUGUCGCUUCGCUACUUUUGCACUAAUUUUUGAUUUCUUCUACCUACUAAUGUUCUUCGCUCCCGUUCUAAGCAUCGAUGUACGAAGACCUCAAUUGAACGACACACUCUCGGCUUCUUCUCGGGAACGAAGCUACCCAUCACCAGAAAGAUCAUCUUCUAAACCAUGGGCUGAUUUCAUUUUUCGUGGAGGAAACAUGCCUUCGACUCGUAUUGUCGGUACCGUGGUGAUUAUUAUCGCAGUACUAAUUUGCCAAUGGCAUUUCGAUCAAGGUAUUUUGCAAAGUAAUCAACUUGUAUUGAAAACAACUGCGCCGGCUUCUUCAAUUCUAGAGGUCGAUGUUCAUCAAGCUAGAACUCCAACUGCCUGGCUCCGAUUGCAAGACCACGAGACUGUUCAUGAGCUUAUUAGCAUUGUCAAACCACAUGCUCACAGUUUCGUUGCUCAGGUUUAUGAUCCUUUAGUUUUCGUCCUAAACGGUUCAGAUCGGACACCAAACAGACUGGGUGUGAGAUCGUUCCUCCCUGCUUUUUAUGACUUUAUCGAGAACCAGUCCCUACCGUUCCUUUUGUUUGUUAUCAUCACUGGCGUGAUUGUUAAUCAAUUCAUCAAAUAUCUCUUGUCUGAUGAACCUUCUGACGAUGAAGACCAUGAGGGUCAUGGCGACGAACCCCUGUUGUCAGUUAAGACAUUCGGCUCUGGACAUGCUUUGGAUGUUGUCCUGAUGACAGCUUCUCGUGAUGGAAUUAUCGUUUCAGUUGGUCUGGACAGAUGGAUCCGUGUUUGGAAUGCAAAGCAUAAUGGCCGAAGCUAUGUAGUCGAAGACCCUGGAUCCGAUAUCGAUCCGUUUCCUGUUUUGGCUAUGGCGAUCGAUAACGACUCGAAUUGGCUCGCAAUACUGUCGAAGAAAAUGGUCGCCUUAUGGAACAUUCCUGAACGACGAUGGGGUCCGACAAUGCCCGUGGACGUCAAAGGGCGAACACCCGAAGCAUUUUUCUUUAGCCACAAUGAAGUUGAGUUGAUUGAUCCAGUGAUUAUCGUCCGCCAUAACGGUCUCAUGUCAGAACUUCAUAUGGAGGAUCAUGUUUCAAAGGAACUACAAAUAUGCCGCACGCCAUUGGUUUGUGUUGAGCCACAUUUGGAAAAAGUUGUUACGAAUGGCUUCCUGCCACCUCCAAAGAUCAUAACCGCCUCAAAACGUGGUUGUGUACAUGUUGCAGUUGAAGAGAAAUCUGGCUGGGUUUCAUAUGAUCUUAGACUCCCUUGGGUAUCCGAUGACAAAGAUGUCAACUCAAUUCUUCCAUUGCCGGCAUUAUCAUCCUUUCUCGCUAUACGCGACCACAGCGUUGAUCUUGUUGAUAUACACACUCAUAAUGUCACUCAUUCAUUUGUUACAGAGAACAUCAAACCAGGAACACUGCAAUGUGUUCAUUCGACAAGACGAAGGCCACAAUGUGGUUCUGUUGGUUUGGGAUCGUUUGCAUUUAUGUAUACUUGCAUUGAGACUGGGAACAUGAUGAUGCAAUCAUAUCUGCCAAGCAGAGAGGGCGAUACUAUAUGUUUCCGUGAUCCUGAUAAACCAGGCUCUAAAACAUGUUGUUUAUGGCGGGAAACCGUAGAGCGAAGAUUUAGUAUAGAAAAUCCUGGUGAUUGGCAAGCACUCCAAUCGGGGUAUGUGGUAGGUGUACGGAAGAUACAAGAUCAAGAUAAACAAGCAGUAGGAAAUCAACUUUUGGGGUCGAUUGGAAGCGGCGGACUUCGACGACGGGGUGCUUCGGGAAGGAGGUCUAAUCUAGAUCACCCAGGAGGCAAAAAUGACGGCUGGGAGGUUUGGAGCUUAGGGUCGAGAGGAGAUAAAACCUCUGUGCCCUUCAAUUCAGUUUACGAUCAGGUAUUACUUGUUGGUAAACUUGGCCCAGUCACGAAAGUGGGUACGAACAGUAUCGUAGUUGCAUUGGGAAAUAUGGUCAAACUUAUUACUGUCGGUCAUGAACGUUAUGAUCGCCUUGGCAAUGAUUCUGAUGAAACAUUCGUUGGCAUGGCACCUGUUGCGAAUAGGAGGAAGAGGCCUGUUCUUACACGAAAGAGAACAGAUUGAUAUGCAGAAUUUUUUAUAACCUUUUUAAGAUACUAUUUGUGCUUAUUCGCAAAUUGCUUCUGGGGGGAGGAUGAUACCCAAUACAUGGACAAAAGGCGUUUCCGAAAUGAAUUGAUACAGGCGUUACCAUGGGCAAGGAAGUGGCGUUCGUGGAUAUUGUUUUUAUUUUUGGGUCUCAUUUUGCGUAUACAAGGCUGUGGGCGCAUAUAGUGGCAUCUAUAUCACCCUUUGAAGGGACAUGGUUAUAGUACUUGAGUAUAUGCUUAUCUUUUGGGCAUGCUCAGUUCAAAAGCAUUGGGGCUUUCUAUCAAGGUCAAAAUCAUAAUCCAGCAGGGUUGCUUGGAAAGGAUGAGGAUGGAGAUGCAUUAGGAAUAGGUCGUAAAGGGUAGUCCACUGGCCAACUGCCAUCUGCCGUAAAGUAACAUUAUCA